UCUUCCCAACCCAGGAAUCGAACCGGGGUCUCCUGCAUUGCAGGAGGAUUCUUUACCAACUGAGCUAUCGGGGAAGCCCAAUCUCCUAUGACUUCGUGUUAAUUUUAUUACAUCUCCAAAGACUUUAUUUACAAAUAAGGAAGGUCAUAUUCACAGUUCCAAUGGCUGGGAAUAAAGGAAGAGGACGUGCUGCUUAUACCUUUAACAUUGAAGCAGUUGGAUUUAGCAGAGGUGAAAAGUUACCUGAUGUCGUAUUGAAACCACCCCCACUAUUUCCUGAUACAGACUAUAAACCAGUGCCACUAAAAACAGGAGAGAGUGAAGAUUAUGUGCUUGCCUUGAAACAAGAGUUGAGAGAAACUGUGAAAAGAAUGCCUUAUUUUGUAGAAACACCUGAAGAAAAACAAGAUAUUGAAAGAUAUAGUAAAAGAUAUAUGAAGGUGUACAAAGAAGAGUGGAUACCAGAUUGGAGAAGACUCCCUAGAGAGUUGAUGCCAAGGAAAAAAUGCAUAAAAGCAGGCCCCAAAUCCAAAAAGGCAAAGGAUACAGGCAAAGGCCCUUCACUCACAAAUCCUGCGGAUGUAUUGAAAAAAAUUGAGGAAUUGGAAAAGAAAGGUGAUGGUGAAAAAUCAGAUGAGGAGAAUGAAGAGAAAGAAGGAAGCAAAGAGAAAAGUAAAGAAGGCGAUGAUGAUGAGGAAGACGAUGCUGCAGAACAAGAGGAAUAUGAUGAAGAAGAGCAAGAAGAGGAAAAUGACUACAUCAAUUCCUACUUUGAAGAUGGAGAUGAUUUUGGUGUAGACAGUGACGACAACAUGGAUGAAGCAACCUACUAGCUAUGGAAUUUCUCAAAAAAUAUUUUUAUGAAACAGCUUCUGAACAUUUUGACAGACUUAUUUUCUAUUUUAUUUCUGAUAAGGAAUGAGUAAGUACUUUAUUUUUGUUACUGUUUUGUUGGAAAAAUACUUGUUACUAAAAUAUUCAGAACCACUUUGAGUUUACACAUAUUUUUGUUACUGUUUUGUUGGAAAAAUACUUGUUACUAAAAUAUUCAGAACCACUUUGAGUUUACACUAGUUACCUUACCAGUUAAUUUCUGACACUGACAUUCCUUCUCAACACCUGUCAUCUCUCUAAUGUAUUCAAGUGGAUUUUUUUUUUAUGUUGUGGAUUAGAAUGUGCCUGAAGAGUUUCUGCAUCUUUUUUUAAGAGUUUUUGCAUCUUUUAAUCUAUGUAUUCAUACUUUAAAAAAUUAUUCUUAUUUAACUGCUGAUCUUUUCUAAAACUGCUACUAGUCAUCAUAAUGGACUUCUAUAAUCUGAAAGUUGGUUUAAUACUGCACAUGGAGCACUUUAGAAACAAAGAAACUUGAAAAUAAUUUUAUUUUUUUUUACAUGGUAUGUUCUGUGCUACUAUAUUAUGACUACAUAAACCUACCUGAGCUCUUACAAAUGCAUAUUUUAUGAGAUUAAAAGUUUUGUGAUUAGAAACACACACACAGGGAGAAAUGCCAAUCUGAGCUAAUUUCAUAAUUUAAUCUCAAACCAAUACGAAGACCUGGGAUAAAUAAAUACCUGAAUUUGGGGCUAACUUCAUACCAUCCUAUAGAUCAAUUAAUCAUCCCACUGUAUCAAGUUUGUUACCUUUGAGUCACUGGUUAAUGAAAAAUUAGACUGAGGUAUUUAAUUUUGUACUUGAUGAAAAUGUGGAGUAAGUUCAAGUCAUAUAAAUCUCAUUGCAGAAUGCAUAUAUGUGUAAUCUUUGAGGUGUAGUGGCCUCUGUUACGUUUCAUAGGACUCAAACUGUCCAAUUGAUUUAACAAUGCAGAAUAAAACUCAGGUCACUUUGAAAUUGA